UUUUCAGCUCCUCUUCCUCGUCCCCAACAUUUCAUUCACCCCAAUACCCUAUCUUCAUUGUUCCACCACAAAUUUCUGCAGCAAAAUGGACGGGAUGAACUCCACCGCCGUCCACGGCCACAGUCACCUGAUGCACAUGACGUUCUUCUGGGGGAAGAACGCCGAGAUCCUCUUCUCCGGAUGGCCGGGAUACGGCAAUCACGGGAUGUAUAUAUUCUCUCUGGCCGUCGUUUUCGCCUUAUCGGUUCUAGUGGAGUGGUUAUCGAAUUCCAACUCCUACUUAGAAGACUGCGGGAAUCGAUUGGCCGCGGCGAUGCUCCAGACGGCGGUGUACGUGGUCAGAAUCGGUCUGGCGUAUAUUGUGAUGCUGGCGGUGAUGUCCUUCAACGGCGGCGUGUUCCUCGUUGCCGUCGCCGGCCACGCGCUCGGGUUCUUCCUCUUCGGGAGCGUGGCGUUCAAGGAGCAUCCGGUAACUUCAUACGUAAAGAGAUCUGAUCUCGCCCCCAUGGAAUUGUAACAAGAAAAAGUGUUUGUGUAUUGUAUUGUGAUAAUAAUCAAUUAAGUUUUUUCUAUUUAUGAUCGAUGAAUACUAUAAUUUUGGG